AUGGCCGACGAGGAUUUUAGCAAACUUUUACAACAAGCUGAACAAUUAACAACUGAGAUAGAGGGAAAUGAAGAGCUGCCAAGAGUGGAACGCUCUUUAGGUCAGGUGUUGGAAGCUUCGCACGAAUUAUAUUCCAGAGUAAUACAAUCCGGCGCCAAUGAUAUUCAAGCCCAUCUGCUAUUUGGAUCAAAAGGCAUUGACCUACAACAAAUAUCACAGAAAUUGGAAACAUUGUCAUCUAAAAGGACCUUUGAACCCCUACAGCCUAUUGCUGAUUCUGAUAUUGAGAGCUUCCUCAAGAAUGAAAGGGAAAAUGCUAUUUUAUCACUCAUUGAUGAAGUUAACAAAAAUUCACUACAGACAACCGAGGAUCAAAAAUGGGAGCAUAUGUUAUCGGAGUGGAACAAAGAAAAAAUUAAGCUCAUGAAUGCUAUGAUUGGGCCCUCUCAGAACUGGCUUGAUUUGAAAAGAGCACCAGAACAGCCAAGUAUUGCUGAUGCACCAAAGAAGUUUGGUCACUCCAUGUUGGAUAAUAUUGAAGCAGCGUAUGCUAGACAGGUUCAGUUGUACAAUAAACUGGUAUUUCAAGGUGCUAAAUCUAAGACUGCCUUGUGUCAGAAGUUCUCACAAGUUGCCGAAGAGUUUAAUGACCCUAAAGUCAAGGAAAUGUGGGAGAUAAUAAAAACAAUGGCCAACAUCCCUGCUCUUGUGAGAGACGAAGAUCCAUUAAAAGCCAGAGGCAAUCCCACGAUACAGCAAUGUUUGAUUAGUCAAGGCAAAAAAUACUUAGAGAGGAGAUACAAGCAGUACAUGAGUGAUGUAGUCCGAGCUAACCCUGGAGCAGCAAUGAGAGGAGGCGAGCCGGGAACAUUUCCUUUAGUAAGAGGCUUUGUAGGGCUGCGUCUCCAGGGACAGAACACACAAGGGUUGACGGAUGGUGUGAUUGAUGAUCGGCCAUUGUGGCCUAUGGUGUAUUAUUGCUUGAGAAGUGGAGAUGCUAAUGCAGCACUACACUGUUUGAGGAAAGCUGGCCGAGACCAUGAAGAAUUUAUAGCAGCUCUAGAAGAAUAUAUAAGAGAACCUGAGAAACCGUUAAGUGAUAAGUUACAGACAGCAAUCAACUUCCAAUACAGAAUUCAAGUUCGCAACUCUACAGAUCCUUACAAAAGAGCUGUGUAUAGUGUAAUUGGAUGUUGUGAUGUUAGUGAUGAACAUUCAGAAGUUGCUCGUACAGCAGAUGAUUAUCUAUGGCUUAAACUGUCCAUCAUUAAGACUCGCCCUAACAAUGAAUCUGAAUCAUUUAGUUAUUCGGACUUACAGAAAAUGAUUUUGGAAGAAUAUGGAGAAACCCAUUACCACGCCUAUGAAAAGCCUCUCGUAUAUUUCCAAGUGUUGACAUUAACAGGUCAAUUUGAACCUGCAAUUGAGUUCUUAUCAAGAAUACCAAGAUACCAAGUUCAUGGAGUGCAUAUGGCGUUAGCUUUGCAUGAUGUUUAUAUGUUGGGGACCCCAAGAAAUGUACAGGCGCCUCUAUUGUCAGUGGAUACAGAUGAUCCUAUACCUCUCAGGCGUUUGAACUUGGCGAGACUUAUUUUACUUUAUGUUAGAAAGUUUGAAUUAUCCGAUCCAUCAGAUGCUCUCCACUAUUACUUCUUCCUGAGAAAUCUGAAAGACCCCAGUGGUAAGAAUCUGUUCAUGUGUUGUUGCACGGACUUGUCGUUGGAGAGCCGAGACUAUGAAUUGCUGUUUGGAAGAAUGGAUCCAGCGACCGGUCUUCGUUCAACCGGACUAUUAGACCAGUUUAACAAUCCUAAUAUUGAUAACACGGUCAUUGCCCUCAACGUAGCCGAACAGCUGGUGAAUAAAGGAUUGUUUGAAGACGCCAUAAUAGUUUAUGACAUUGCUGGAAACUUGGAGAAAGUAUUGGAGUUGUUUUGUGUAUUGCUGGCUCAAGUGGUGAGUAGCGGUGGUGCAUUACGAGAGCGUUUACGUUCCUUGUCUGAACAUGUGGCGCGACGCCUUCGUUCAGAGGAACUGCCAUCUUCCCACCUGGUUGAUGCUUACAAUAAGCUGUGCAAGUUGAUGACGUUCUUCGAUCAGUUCCAUGCUGAAAAUUACGAAGGUGCCUUGGAGACGAUUCGCGCUUGUGAGCUGGUACCUUUAAGCUCGGACGAGGUGUCGGCUCGAGUGGCUGGAGCGCGAAAUGCUCGAGGCGAACUAUUACGAGCACUCCCGGCUGUAUUACGAGCGCUAUGUCACAUACUGCUUGCUAUGAGGCAGAAGUUACGUACUGCACAGCCAACCCUAAGUGCACAUACUGCUAAUAAGCAACUAGAAUGGUUGAGAGAACAAGCUGAGGUUUUGAAUACAUUUGCUGGGAACAUCGCGUACAGGAUGCCCGGCGACACCUACAGCCAGCUUGCUCAGAUGCAAGUCCUCAUGCAUUGA